GAUUGGCAUCCUCCGGCCGAGCCGGCACCCAGUUAGUUACACCUGUGAAGCGGAGACAACAAACGGCUACGACCGGCCUACGCUUACGCCUUUCACGCCCACUUCACGCACAAGCAGCACGGGUGGUCCCAGAAGCUCAUCCAGGUUUGCCUUCAGAUGGGCUGUGGGCUGGCCCUGCAGUGACACACCGCAGUUGAGAAAGUGCUCACGUCUUCCUUCUGAACUCCUCCUUCGGAAGAGCCAGAGGAGAAAAAAAGUCACUGUUAUAUGUCCAACUUAGAGCCACUUAUCUUGGGAGCACGCAGCGUUCUGAGGCUCGGUCGAGAAAGCAUGUAACUUACGUCAGUUAACUAGGUGCGGGAAGGUGACCCAUAACCUCAGACACCUGCCUCAGAGCGAACCCUAGGAGUGCGGGGACAAGUGCCAGACUCUGCUGCCUUAUCAUGUACAGCAGAGCCUACAUCUUGCUGCAAAGAGAAUUCCAAGAGUUGAAGAAAAACAAUUAUGAGGGUAUUACUGGCUUUCCUGUAAGUGAAGAUAUGAUGCAAUGGGAAGCUGAUAUUGAAGGUCUACAGAAUACAGUUUGGCAUGGAUUAUUCUUCCAACUGAGAAUAAAUUUUACAUUGGAGUAUAAUUUUGUCCCUCCAGUUGUGAAAUUUAGAACAAUUCCUUUUCAUCCAAAUGUAGACCCACAUACUGGCCGUCCCUGUAUAGAUUUUUUGGACAACACUCAUAAGUGGAAUAGAAGCUAUACAUUGAGCAGCAUCUUACUUACCCUCCAGGUUAUGCUUUCUAAUCCAGUGCUAGAAAAUCCAGUGAAUUUGGAAGCAGCCCAUAUACUGAAUAAAGAUGAAACUCUGUACAGGCAAAUAAUUCUAGGACGUUUCCACCAGCCAUUACAAUCAAAAGAUGACAGUUCUGAGUCACCUAAAGAGCCAGAUAAAUUUAACAGAUCAAUUAAAUCAGUCUCAUUUUAUGAUUACUACAAGACAUGGUCUAGAAUAGCCACAUCAAAAGCCACAGAAUAUUACAGAACUCCAUUGCUUGAAGAUCCAGAUUUCAUUGGAGAGUAUUACAAAUGGAAGAAAAAUGAGCUAAGACGACCUAAAGAAUGGGGUUUAAAGUAUGCUGCUGCCAUGGCUCGGAUUGCUAGAGAAAAUAAAAAGCCUCACAAAACCAGUUAUCCAACUGAAAGAAGUUAUCUCUGUACAACUCCGGUUCAAACUUUUCCUGAUUCACAAACUGAAACAGAUAUCGUCACAAAGACGGAUGAAACAAAGGAGCGGUGGAAAAGAAAAGUUUUACCAGUUGAUGUUAGCAUAAAUGAGCCAUGGGAAGAAGAAGUGGAAGAUCUGGUUGCCUGGACCAACACUCUUGAUACAGAUGCUUUGGAAGACUAAGCCUAAUGCUCGAGGAUUUAAAAAAUUAACAGCCUCAACCACAGCUCAGCUUCACGGAGCAACUUUGGAAGGCUCUCACAACUUGGAUUCCAUUUUCUUUUCAAGUUGGUCUCAUCCUAUCACUGCAAGAACAAAUUAGAAAUAUAAGUGCAAAUCAG